UGUCGGAGCCGUCCGAUGCGGGGUCCGCCCGGAGGUGCCCGGCGGUGCCUUCCCCGGCCCGGCCCGGCCCCCGGCCCCCGCCCGCCAUGGCCAACCAGCCCGUCAUCCUCAACGUCUACGACAUGUAUUGGAUCAAUGAGUACACAUCCACCCUAGGCAUCGGCGUGUUUCACUCUGGCAUCGAGAUCUACGGCAGAGAGUUUGCCUAUGGAGGGCACCCUUACCCUUUCAGCGGAAUCUUCGAGAUCACCCCAGGCAGUGCUGUGGAGCUGGGAGAGACCUUUAAAUUCAAAGAAGCCAUAGCCCUGGGCAGCACGGACUUCACCGAGGAAGACGUGGACAAGAUCGUGGAGGAGCUGGGGAAGGAGUACAAGGGGAACGCCUAUCACCUCAUGCACAAGAACUGUAACCACUUCUCGGAUGCCCUGGCCGAGAUCCUGUGUGGCCGGGAGACACCCCGGUGGGUGAACCGUCUGGCUUACUUCAGCUCGUGCAUCCCGUUCCUGCAGAGCUGUCUGCCCCGGGAGUGGCUGACCCCUGCCGCACUGCAGACCCACAUCAGCCUGGGCCUCCAAAAAGACCCUGCUGCGGCCAUGGCCGCCGAGCAGGGAGAGGCAGCUGGACACGACACUUCGACCGCCUCCGGAAGCUCCCGGCCUUGCAGGCACACCCGCGUCUGAGCCAGGCACCCUCUCCCUGACUCCUGACCCCCACGGCCUCCUCUCCCUGAGGACGGCCCCCCACUUUUCCCUUCUCCUCUUCCGGAGGCUGGGGCUCGGCCAGCCUUCCAUGCUGUACCGAGAAGGAAUGGCCUUCACUCAGGGAGGCUGUUCUCACUUCUCUCCCUGGCCCCCCGGCCCCCAACGCCAGCGACUGAGGAAUCCCAGAUGGAGGGUGGGCCGAGAGGGAGGGACCCCUCCCCGACCCCUCCAGGAACCGAGAGUGGGAAAGGGGAAUUUCCAUCCUGGAAAGGGGCUGCUUUUAUUUCGGGACAUCGGAGGAUUGCUGCCGUGGCCCUGCCCAUCGAUCCGUCUGUCGUAUUUCUGGAAUGCUUACUUUGUGCAGAGUGCUGUGCUAAGGGUUCGGGAGAGCCCAUCUCUGCAGCCUCCUCCCCACCUGCCAGCCCAUGACAGAGGAAAGAAAUGGAUCGACAGGGAGGAGCAGAUGGCUUCUUUGGCCCUCCCGCGCUUUCUAAAAUCUGAUGAUAAACAUGACAUUUUCUGGGUGUCCCAAUGGGUGGGCCCCCCACCAGCGUAAACGAGAUCCAAAGGACCCCCGUCUUGCCCUGGCAACCCCUCGAGAUGCCCUAGCUGAGAGAUUUAUCAGGGUUAUUUUGUGCCAGCACUUGGGAAGGAGACUGUGGUCGAUGGUCGAUCCCCUUUAAGACAUGAAGGAAUGGGCCGGCCCGGGUUCUGCCUCCGCCGGACCCCCGGACCCUCUGAAAAUAGCGGCAAGAAGGGUCAGUCAAUCGGUCAGAUCUACUGAGCGCUUACUGUGUGCGGAGCACUGCAUUAGGUGCUUGGGAGAGGACAACAUAGAGUCAGU